AUGCAGUCGAUACGUCAGUACCGUGAGAUAGGACGCUAUGUCGAGCACACCCACCAUGAGGAGGAGAACCGGUCCAAGGAAGCGCCUGAUGUCGCCGUCAUAAAGCAUCACACGCCAACCCUGCCCCUGCCCUGCCUCGGUCCGAACAUCAAACAGCAGUGGCACUCCGACGUCGAGCAGCAGCUGCAGAGCUACUCAUCCUCGCAGGUUUGGAAGUCCAAUCCGGGCAGCUGUGCCGAGUCGAUCCGAUCCGACAAGAGCAGCUACUACUCUGUCAGCAGCGAGAAGUCCGAGAAGUCGACCGGACAAGAUACAGACAGCAUCCACUCAUCCUCCGCCUCGUCCCAGUCCGUCAAGCCGCAGCAGGACAGCGGGUACGCCUCGACCAACGAGAAGACGUCGCUGCCGACCAGCCAAUCGACGAGCUCCAUGAGCUCCGCCUCCACCACCUCCUCCUCCUCCGACAACGCCUUCGCGCCCGCCGUCAUCCGCCUCUCCGCGAUCCCCGCCCGGCGAAAGUCGACCGAGUCCAUCAUCAGCCACUUCUCCCGGCACUCGGGCGAGGUCAUGGACCCGUCGCACUUCUUCGAGGAGCCGCGGGCGGCGCCCGUGCCGCCCGAGGAGCCCGAACGCAUCAUCCCCGUCCACAGCACGGGCGCCAACGACCCCACCAACCCGCGCAACUGGCCGCUCAAGAGCCGCAUGGCCGCCUUCUGGAUCGUCACCUGGCUCUCCUUCACCCAGACCUGGGCCGGCAGCGCCGACUCGUCCUACGCCGCGGCCGCGGCCGAGGCGCUGGGCGUCAGCCGCGUUGCCGCCUCGCUCAACACGGCCGCCUUCUCCAUCGGUAUCGCCGUCGGCUCGCUGUUCGUGGGGCCCCUGUCCGAGACGUUCGGCAGGGGCUGGUGCUUCUUCAUUGCCGGCUUUGUGUAUCUCCUCGCCGUCAUGGGGACCGCCGUCUCUCGGGAUCUGGCCGGGCAAGUGAUUUCGAGGUUGGUUGUCGGGCUGUUCUCGAGCGUGACGGGUGCGGUGAGUGGGAGCGUCAUGCACGAUGUGUUCGACGCGAAGGAGAGAAGUAUCAUGUAUCCUAUCCUGGCGCUCAUGAAUACGCUUCCCACCGCGCUUGCACCCAUCCCGGGAGGCUGGAUCGUCGAGUACGGAAGAGUGACCUUUUAUUGGGCCGACUGGAUUACCUUGAUCAUCAGUUUUCCGGUGUGGGUUGCUGCUCUGAUCUGGUUGCCGGAGACAUACUCUCCGCUUCUCCAAACCUGGAAAGCCCAGCACCUGCGGCGCGUAACUGGGGACCAGAGGUACAGAAGCGGACUGGAGACUGGAGGCGGUCUUUGGUCUCGUCUCAGAGAGACCCUACCGCGGCCUAUCAUCUUUUGGUGUCGUGAGCCCGUCAUCAUCAUCCUGGGGAUCUAUACCGUUGUGUUGAACGUCCUGCUAUUUGUCUUCCUGUCGGCUUUUGAGUUCAUAUUUGCCGAUACCUACGGCUUCUCCAGCGGAGAGACCACCCUGGUCUUCCUCUCCAUCGGCGCCGGCACCAUCUUCAGCACGUGCCUGACACCCAUCUGGUACAAGCUCGACAUGCGCGCUCUAGCCAAGCGCCAAGUCAUCGAUGGACCCGAAGCCACGUUCCCACCCGAGUCGCGGCUCUGGCCCUGCAUGGUAGCAUCGCCCUUCUUCGCGAUAUGCAUAUUUUGGCUGGCCUGGACAAACUACCCGUCCAUCUCUCCAUGGUCGGGCAUCGGUGCGUGUUUUGUGUUUGGGUACGCCCUCAUUUCGAUCCAGAUCUCGAGCUUCCAGUAUAUCAUCGACAGCUACGGCCCGUACGCCGCGAGCGCGCUGGGAGGCAUCACCGUGGCCAGAUACGGAUUCGCUGCAGGGUUGAACGUAGCUUCGAGGCCGAUGUUCGAGACUCUGGGGGUGCAGUACACACUGACGAUGAUCGGCAGCAUCGCGGCGAUCCUGGUCCCGGCUCCCUGGAUCUUUUACAAGUAUGGCGCAAAGGUGCGGGCGCGCAGCAGGUACGCGAACUACGCUUGA